GCAUACACCUCUUCAUUUUGUACUGUUGUGUGUUUCUCUGCACACAAUAAGAGGAGCUUUCCUUGAGCUUCUGGAAACUUGAGAGAAGAAGAGCAAAAAAACUUAAAGAGAAAAUGCAGAUCAGAGGCAUAGCUCAACAAUCUCCCCUGCUUUCCCUUCAAAACCCACGUUCAAAUCUUGCCUCUCAACCAAGAAUGUGUCGGUUCAAUCACAAUGACCUGGGUUCACUAGCAUUCAGGGUUCAGCAACAUGGGUCUGGUUUUUCAUCAGGUCAAAGUUUGAGACUUUUCUCCCUAAUAAAUGAAGGGGAGAAGAGAUCUUUAGUGUUGCCUUAUUGCAUUGGUUCAAGCAACAAGCUUUUUGGAGAUCAUGAGCAGUCUGAAGGAAGUAGUAGUAGUAGUAGUUUUGUGCCUAAAGUUGCAUCUGCAGCAGAUUUUAGUGGGGAGGAAAGAGGAGUGGAAGAAGAAGAAGGGUUUGAGAGGCAGAGUUUGUGGAAGCAAUUGAAACAGAUUGUGGAGUUUUCAGGACCAGCCAUGAUCAUUUGGCUGUCUGCUCCAGCUAUGAGCCUUGUUGACACUGCUGUUGUUGGUCGUGCCAGUUCAAUUGAGCUUGCUGCAUUAGGACCUGCAACUGUGCUGUGCGACUAUGUGAGACUUGUGUUUGUGUUCCUCUCGGUUGUCACCUCAAACAUUAUUGCCGUUUCACUUGCCAGACAGGACAAAGAAGAAGUUCAGCACCAGAUAUCUAUCCUACUCUUUGUUGGGUUGACUUGUGGGCUACUGUUGCUUUCAUUCAUCAAAUUCUAUGGUGCAUGGGCACUUACUGCUUUUGCAGGACCCAAGAAUUCACAUAUUGUUGCAGUAUCAAAUGGAUACAUUCAGAUUCGAGCCUUGGCAUGGCCUGCAGUUCUUGUUGGGUUGGUGGCUCAAGGUGCAAGUCUUGGGAUGAAAGAUUCCUUGAGACCCAUGAAAGCCUUGGCUAUUGGUGGUAUCUUAAAUGCCAUCGGUGAUGUGGUCCUAUGCAAUAUGUUAGGGUAUGGGAUUCGUGGAGCUGCUUUCGCUGCAAUUGUCUCACAGUUCGUUGCAGCUUAUGUGAUGAUUGAAGGCCUGAACCAGAAAGGUUACAAUGCAUUUGCCAUCAAGGUUCCUAAGCUUGACGAACUCGUUACUAUACUCAGACUUGGUACACCGGUGUUUGUGACAACAAUGUCAAAGAUGGCCUUCUACUCUGUGAUGAUAUACUUUGCAACUUCCAUGGGGACAUAUUCUGUUGCAGCUCACCAGGUCAUGGUCCAAAUAUUCACCAUGUGUGGAGUAUGCGGCGAGCCUCUCUCGCAGACCUCUCAAUCAUUCAUGCCAGAAUUGAUAUAUGGUGUCAACAGAAACUUGGCCAAGGCUAGAAGUCUGCUGAAGUCCAUAGUUUCACUAGGGAUGAUAGUUGGAUUGAUUCUAGCCGCCAUUGGAACUUCGGUGCCAUUAUUGUUCCCAAACAUCUUCACACAGGACCAAAUGGUCGUUCGAGAGAUGCACAAGAUAGUGGUACCUUACUUCAUUGCGCUGGCCAUCACACCUUUCAUUCAGACCCUCGAGGGAACCUUGCUGGCAGGGAGGGACCUCAGAUUUCUGAGCAUGUCAAUGACGAGCUGCUUCUCUUUAGGCGCGGUGGUGCUCAUGCUUGUGAGCAGCAAAGGGUAUGGUCUACCAGGCUGCUGGUUUGCCCUUGUUGGAUUUCAAUGGGCACGGCUUUUCCUGGCCUUCCGCCGGCUUCUGUCUCCCAAUGGAAUGCUUUACUCCGAUGAUCAAAGCAGAUACAAGCUAGAGAGCCCGAAAGCUGCUUGAACUUUGAGCUAUGACAGCGUUUGGAUACAACCUUACUAGAAAAGCUAGACACUUUCUUAGGCAUCACAUCAUCCCAGCAGCCCUUCUUGCCCUGGAAAAGACAUGGAAACAUGAAGGAGUUGCCCAGACAGCAACCUUUUGAGUCUGGGUUUUUGUUGGUAGCUGUAUCUGUAUCUAUACUGUCUGUAACUGUCCACAAUGUAGACUGUAUAUAUAUAUCAUUCUGCACGUCUA